CCUGCCCCCCCACGCACCAUGUCCGCCCCCGCCCCCAUCAAGCCCCAGGACGUCGGAUGGCAGUUCGUCCCCCAGUACUAGUGCGUCCGGACAACCACCCCCGGCCACAGCUCACAGCCCACAGCAACUUUGUCAACUCCCAGCCGCACCGUCUCCACUGCUUCUACAACAAGCGAUCCACCUUUAUCCACGGCGAGGAGGGCGAGGAUGUCACCCCCGCUUACGGCCAGCAGGAAAUCCACGACCGCAUAAAACAGAUCGGCUACAACCGAUGUAAAGUCUACAUUCACUCUAUGGACUCGCAGUCCUCCGCCGAGGGUGGUAUCGUCAUCAUGGUCCUCGGCGAACUCUGCAACAACAACCAGGCCUGGCGAAAGUUCUCCCAAACAUUCUUCCUUGCGCCCCAGACUGGCGGUUACUUUGUGCUUAACGACAUUUUCAGAUAUCUCAACGAGGAGGUUGACGAGCAAAAGUCAGAGGACGGUCACCAGGAGGAGGCUCAGCUCGAGCCAGAGGCCCCCAAAGCUGCUGUUGAGGAGCCCCCUGCCGCCGAGGAAAAGGUCACCCAGGAGCCCGCCGCCGAGCCUGUUCCUGAGCCGGAGCCUGUCACUGCCCCGGCUGCUGUUGUGCCCGACGCCGUGCCCGAGGAAGCCAAGGUCGCCGCUCUUCCAGACAAGGAUGUCGCGCCUGCCGCGGAGCCUACUCCCGAGGAACCCGCUACUGCUGCCAACCCUGCUGUAGAGGACACCCCCGCCCCCGCCCCUGCCUCAGAGAAGGCUCCCUCUCCUGCCCCCAAGGCGCCUUCCCCUGCCCCCGCCCCCAAUAAGGAGGCUGCUACCAACGGAACCGCUACCCCUGCCCCUGCCCCUGCCCCUGCUCCUACCGGUCCUCCCAAGCCCAGGACCUGGGCUACCUUGGCCGCUUCCAACAUUCCGCCUACCAGCACCUGGGGUAAGCCCAGCCCUGCCGUUUCCGCCCAGGCGUCUCCUUCUGCUGCUGCCGCGCCUGUCCCUUCGGCCCCCAAGAAGGAGGAGCAGAAGGGUGCUCCCGCACCCGCUGCUGCUGCCGCUCCUGCUCCCAGGCGCGGUCCCCAGGGUGGUCUUGACGUUUCCAAGAUCCAAAACCAGGUCUGCUUUGUCAAGCUCCCCAACUGGGCUCUUGACAACCACAGCGCUUCCGAGCUCACCGAGCCUGAACUUUCCCGACUCGCUUCCAAGUUUGGCGAAGUCAAGUCUGUCGAGAUUGUCGGCCAAAAGGCUUGCGCUUUCGUCGAGUUUGCCAAGGUCGAGUCUGCUCGAAAGGCCAUUCAGCACUCGCUUCCCGUCGAGCAGGGCGGUGAGGGCGGUACCAAGUUCCCCAACGGGACCUUGUUCUUUGAGCCCAGGAAGGAGAAGGAUGAGAGGGGCCAGAAGAAGAGGACUGGUGGUCAGCAGGGCGGUCAGCCCCAAGGUCAGGGCCAGCCGCGACAGCAGGUCAACGGCGGUGGUGCCGGCCGGGGCGGUAGACCCAACAGGGGACGAGGCGGCCAGGCCAACCAGGGCGACCGUGCUCCUCAAAAGCAAUAGAAAAGAGCAGCAGAGGUUGAGCGGCGGGAGAUGAUCAUUUCAAAAGCAAAACAAACCUUUCUUCGCAUCUUUCUUAUUACAAACCAACCAUAAUCAAUAUCGAAUCAUCAUCGAGGUCAUCAUGUGUAUUCCUUGUUUUAUACCCCAUUCUUUCUCCCAGGUUCCCUCUCUCUUUUCCUUCUUUCUUACAACGACAAGAACGACCCCUUUUCUCUGUACAAAAGACGUGGUGCGGGAGUGCGUGGACCGGGCGGAGAUCGGGGGUGAAGACGAGCAUACCAAAGGUUUUUGAUCCUUCAUGGUGUUUGGAUAACGAUUUUCUUUGCUUUUGGUACAUGGUUGAUGUGGGAGUGGGACGUUUUGGCGGAUUGAAAGGAGUGCACUAUAGUCGGCAUGCGGAUGGAAAUGCAUAGGUAGUUACAGUACAAGCACAA